AAGACAGAAAACUCUUUGUGGGCAUGCUCAAUAAGCAGCAGUCAGAAGACGACGUGCGCAGGCUAUUCGAGGCAUUUGGCAACAUCGAGGAGUGCACAAUCCUUCGGGGACCUGAUGGCAAUAGCAAAGGAUGUGCAUUUGUGAAAUACUCUUCACAUGCAGAGGCCCAAGCAGCCAUCAAUGCCUUGCAUGGCAGCCAGACAAUGCCGGGAGCCUCUUCAAGCCUCGUGGUGAAGUUUGCAGAUACAGACAAGGAGCGUACAAUGAGACGCAUGCAGCAAAUGGCAGGACAAAUGGGCAUGUUCAACCCCAUGGCCAUCCAGUUUGGAGCGUAUGGCGCCUAUGCACAGGCACUGAUGCAGCAGCAAGCUGCGAUCAUGGCAUCGGUGGCGCAGGGCGGCUACCUGAACCCCAUGGCAGCCUUUGCCGCAGCCCAGAUGCAGCAGAUGGCGGCUCUGAACAUGAACGGCCUGGCGGCCGCCCCCAUAACACCAGCCUCAGGUGGAAGCACGCCUCCUGGCAUAACUGCACCAGCUGUGCCUAGCAUCCCAUCUCCAAUUGGGGUGAAUGGUUUCACUGGCCUCCCGCCGCAGGCUAAUGGGCAGCCCGCCGCAGAAGCCGUGUUUGCUAAUGGCAUCCACCCUUACCCAGGUCAAUGGCACCAGAUUUCCUUCCAAGAGGCCCACACCUUUGUAUCAGCGAGCCCUUGCCUCCAGCCACACCUCUGUGCUUCACAGAGCCCCACUGCAGCAGACCCCUUGCAGCAAGCCUAUGCUGGAGUGCAGCAGUACGCAGGUCCUGCUUAUCCUGCUGCUUAUGGCCAGAUUAGCCAAGCGUUCCCACAGCCACCUCCCAUGAUCCCACAGCAACAAAGAGAAGGACCAGAGGGCUGUAACCUGUUUAUCUACCAUCUGCCCCAGGAGUUUGGGGAUGCUGAGCUGAUGCAGAUGUUCCUGCCUUUCGGUAAUGUCAUCUCCUCGAAAGUGUUUGUGGAUCGGGCGACAAACCAAAGUAAAUGCUUUGGUUUUGUGAGUUUUGACAAUCCUGCCAGUGCCCAAGCUGCUAUCCAGGCUAUGAACGGCUUCCAGAUUGGCAUGAAGAGGCUGAAGGUGCAGCUGAAGAGGCCAAAGGAUGCUAAUCGUCCCUACUGA